AUGAAGCCUCUCGUCAUUGUCCUUGUCUUGCUCUCCCGUGUGGACCCAGCUCUGGCAGGCUUGAAUCCACUGUCAUCAGAAAUGCACCAGAAAUGCUACGGGAAUGGUAUCUGUAGACUUGAGUGCUCUACAAGUGAAAUGUUAGUUGCCUACUGUAUGUUUCAGCUGGAGUGCUGUGUCAAAGGAAACCCUGAGCCCUGACACAAGAAGCCAGUGAAUGCCAAUUAACUUGAAAGUAAUUGACAUCCUCUCCACCAACUUUCACACAGCCAGGGAAUUUAGAUUAAACUGUGACACUGUGAUGU